AUGGCCGACGAAUCGCUCCAGUCUCGAUUGGGACAGCUCUUGCACACAAUACGCAACGUUCAACUGGAAGAUGACGCAUGGAGCUCCAUUCCAGACGGCGAGAAGCAGUCGUCGCUGCAUCCUCUGACCGUCUUCUCUGUUUUGGGCGCACAUUUGCGAAGAAACGGACAGGUCAAGGAGAGCGACGCCCUGCUGCAGACCGUCAGCAUCGCCACGGCACCCACCAACCUGGGCGGCAUGGCCUUGUCGUGGACGGAUGAAAUUUCGGCGGAUGACGUUGACGAGCUUCUCCUUCUUACAUCUGCGUGGCUCGAGGCAUUAAAUUCGGCCGAGCGAUACGACGGGGCCAUGACGGCGCCUCUGAGUCUGCGUCCUGCCGGCCGACCACCCAUGAACGUGACGGAAAAGAUCUUUGCAAUGCACGAUCUGUCGCGUACUGGGUAUGUCAAGACGGGAGAUACCAUUCGGGUGUCGGUAGACUGGGUCAUGGCGAGCGAAGCCAGCUGGCAUGGCAUGCUUCAGGUGUACAACAAGCUGGGCGACCCCGGGGUGUUCCGCAACGACCGGUUCUGGCUGGCGGGAGACCACGUGGUGGACCCGCGGGUGUCAGACACGCCGCUGGUGCAGAGCCUGGUGCGGGAGAUGGACUUUGCGCGCAAAAAGUUCAAGAUGACGCAGUUCCAGGGCAGCAACUACACCAUCAUGCACACCGAGUUCUACCGCGAGCGGGCGCAGCCGGGGCAGCUGGUGAUCGGGUCGGACUCGCACACGUGCAGCGCGGGGGCCAACGGCUGCCUGUCCAUCGGCCUGGGCGCCACCGAGGUCACCAUGGCGCUGGUCACGGGCCAGAUCUGGUUCAAGGUGCCCGAGGUGGUCGAGAUCCGCCUGACCGGCCGCCCCGCCCGCGGCGUCGGCGGCAAGGACGUCAUCCUGCACAUCCUGCAGCAGCUCAAGCGCAACACCGUCGCCGCCGACCGCGUCGUCGAGUACACCGGCCCCGGCUGCCGGUGGCUGAGCUCCGACUCGCGCUUCGCCGUCGCCAACAUGACCACCGAGUUUGGCGGCAUCACCGGCAUCUUUGCCCCCGACGCCGUGACCAAGCGCUUCGUCGACGCCCGCAAGACCCCCCACCACCGCCGGGGCUCGCGCUACUUCCGCCCCGACCGCGGCUGCGCCUACGCCGAGUCCUACGAGAUCGACCUCUCGCGCGCCGAGCCGUGCGUCGCCCGCUACCCCAGCCCCGACGACGUCGUGCCCGUCGGCCAGGUCGCCGGCACCGCGCUGGACGGCGUCUUCAUCGGCGCCUGCACCACCGCCGAGGAGGACCUGGUCGUCGGCGCCCUCGUGCUCAAGGCGGGCCUGGACAAGGGGCUCCGGCCCGUCGCCCGUGGCGAGCGCCGCGUCGUGCCCGGCAGUCGCCCCAUCGCCGAGCACCUGCGCAAGACCGGCCUGGCCGAGAUUUACGAGCGCGCCGGCUUCACCAUUGGCAUCCCGGGCUGCUCGUACUGCGUGGGCAUGGGUGCCGAUAUGGCCGCGCCCGGCUCGGUUUGGCUGAGCAGUCAAAACCGCAACUUUGAGAACCGCAUGGGUAGAGGCGCUCUUGGUUCGUUGGCUUCAGCCGCCACCGUGGCCGCAUCGUCUUUUGACAUGAAGGUCACAUCGCCCCAGGAGCUGAUUGAUCUCAUCCCAGACGAGCACUGGGACAAGGUCAAGGGCAAAGGCUCCCUGCCUACUGGUGCCCUGGAGGAGCCAUCCUGGGUUGAGCCUGCCGGAAGAGAUGGUCUCGAAGCAGCUGAUGAGCCAGCUGAAGAGAGCCCUGCGGCAGCCAACAACACUGCAGCUGAUUCAACCACCACAGAAAAGGCUCCGGCGCAGGGGGUCAUCAAGAGCAAAGUGUACCGCCUGGGAGACUUUGUCGAUACAGACGCGCUUGCUCCUGCCCAGUUCCUACUUACAUCCAAAGACAACAAAGAGCUCGGGUCCCACUGCAUGGAGAGGAACGAGCCAGGUUUCCGCGAUGCAGUCAAGGACGGCCACGAGGUCAUUGUCGGCGGCAAGGCGUUUGGUUGCGGGUCAAGUCGCCAGGAGGCCGUACAGGCUUUGCUAGGCGUCGGAGCAAAAUGCGUCAUCGCCAAGAGCUUCGCCUUCAUCUUUGCCCGCAACAUGCCGUCCCUGGGCCUGCUGGGAUUCACCAUCGCCGACGAGCGCUUCUACGAGCUCGCCGGCACGGGCGCCGCGAUCGAGAUCGACCUGGACCAGAACGUGCUCCGCGUCGGCGGCGAGGCCUUUCCCUUUGCGCUGUCGGCCCUGGAGAAGAGGCUGACGGAGAUUGGGGGCAUGACCAACGCCUUUUCGAGGUUCGGCAAGCGCAUCUACGACGUGCUGGCCGGUGGUGCCGUCGCAAAGGCGGUGCCGAGGCCGCUGGCGGCCGAGGGCGCCAUGUCCUGGUGA